AUGUUAUCAUCGACAAAGAAGAAAAUUCAAGCAAAUAGUGCAGCAAAUGUAGAACAACCCUCGACAUCAAAAUCAGGCAAUCUGCAAGAUUCUGAUAACCUUUUAAAAGGAAAAAUUAAUAAGCAAAAAUCAUCAUCAGAGGAGCAUGAAUCAUGUCAGGAAAUUGCAGAAGGAAAUUGUCUUGUUGCCAAAGGGGAAAAAUCUGAUGGAAGAAUCAAUACACCCAAGAAACGUUUCUUUGAUUUGAAACGAACUGCUGAAUCAGCAUCGAAUAAGAUUUCAUCAAUCAGUCCGACAAGAUUCGCUUUAAGUUUAACGCCAAAGCUGCGUCGUAAAAGUGCCAUCAACCAUAAAUUAUCACAAUUAGAGCAGCAAAGUAAUUUAUUCAUUCGUGAUGGUUUUGAACAGCAGAUAAAUAAUCAAGAAGGGCAACGAGAUGUCAUCUCCAUAGAGAAUUCUUCAUCAGCUUGCACAGAACAACAAGAAAGUUCUGCCCAAGGCAAGAAAAAUAAAAAAUCGUCGUUAAUUUCAACGUUCAGUUUUAAAACUUCACCAUCAGCUUUGAAUAAAAAUGACGAUGAUACGAUGAAACGAAAUCUAAACCCAAAGACAAAUUUUAAAAUUUUAUGCAAAAACUUUUCCAAAGAUUCGAAACAAAAAGUUCUUGAAACGACAACGACAGGGAAUGAAACGUUUCCGAAUUAUGAAGAAAUCAAUAUUCUUAAUGAAAAUGAAGAUGAAGACGAGAAUGAUAAUGGUUCGAAGCGAGUAAAUCUGAUUACGAAUGUGGUAGCGGAUGUUCUGAAUGACAACACGAAAAGUAAUUGCGAUGAGACCGUCGACAUAAGUUCUUUACUAUCAUCCACCAAAAUGGAAAGUUCUGAAAACUUUCAAUCAGAAUUAAAUAAAGCAAAAGACGGAAAUUGCGGUGAGAUGCUGUCAAAAGCAGAAUUCAAUGCAAAUCUCUUCAAAAAUAUUCCAGUAAGACCACGCAAAGGUCAAGUGCCGCACAUGGAGAAUUAUUGUCUCUUCGAUCCAUCAGUUGACUUUUGCAAUGAAAAAGAAACGAGAAAAUAUUUUCCUUCACUUAACUUCUCACCGAAGAAGUUUCACAACUUUCAUGUGGUUCAAGAGAAAAACUUGUGCAAGCAGCAAUUGAAAUGUAAUGAAGUUGAGGAAAGCAAUUCACAUCACAAUUACUAUGAAAUCGAUCCUGAAAUGCUUGCACAAGACGAAGCUGCAGCAGCAUCAUCAUUUGAUCGACAUGAUAAUGAAGCAAAUCCUUUAAGUAAAUUAACUGAGGCUUCUUUAUCAAGGAAGUCAUCGAGUUCAUCAAGUUGUGAUUAUCCACAAUUUAAUUCUGUUUUGGAAACGACUCCAUCAUCGACCUUCACAAUCGAAUCGACAGAUGACAACGAAUCAAAUGCUUAUGAAAAAUCGAGUUACGGUUGCGUUGCAAAACUGAACAGUCGUGUUUUUGAAACAAUUAAUCAAACGAAGGAUGGCAGUGAGAGUGUUAUGAAAACUUCCAAUGUUGUGACAGCAACAGGAACGAAGAAGAAAUCACCGCCAUUCGAACGAAUUGUGAAACAAAUGUCACGUAAUUUACAAAUAUCGACAGACAACAAUGCCAAUCAACAGCAAACUACAACAAUGAUGGUUAAAGGAAAAUCAAAUAAAAUCAAUUUGGCAUUUUGCAGUGAAAAUGUUUUGUUCGAUCCACUCCGGUCAAGUCAUUCACUUCCACAACUGCAGAAUAUCGCUUUGCAACGAGAGAAAUUAUCCGAUGGUGAUUACAACAUUGAAAUCAAUAAUCGUACCACAAUCCACUUGAAACGAAAUUUAAGAAACGUUCGACCAAUGUCGAGUGAAUCACUCGAUUCAGGAUUCACAACACCAAGUCCACCGAAUGAAACUCUUUCGAUCCAAUCACAAAAUGCUUCGAAUGCUGACAACAAGCAAAUUGUUAAUUUGAAUUCCAUUGGCAAAGAUCUCGCUACAAACGAAUCGUGUAUGCUGAAAGAGUGCGAAAAUGUUCAGCAGUUGAUUGAGGUGAGUUUAAAUCGAAUGUAA